ACUCCCAGUAGAGGGAGAAAGAUGGCGCCCACGCGAGUGCUCAGAUGCUGUCAACGGGGUUUAGCGUGGAUACCUGUGAUUUUUAUCGCCUUAGUCGUCUGCUGGUCGUAUUACGCUUAUGUGGUGGAGCUUUGUAUUAUCACCAUCCCCAGUAUAGGAGAGAAGAUUGUCUACCUGAUCUUCUUCCACCUCUUUUUCAUCAUGUUUGUAUGGUCUUACUGGAAGACCAUCUUCACCAUGCCUGCCAACCCAUCCAAAGAGUUUUGCCUUCCUAAGGCUGAGAAGGAGCGUUACGAGAAGGAAGAGAGGCCAGAUUCCCAGCAAGAGAUCCUGAGCAGAGCAGCCACCAGCUUGCCUCUGUAUACUCGCACAGGAGCUGGAGCAAUCCGUUACUGCGACCGCUGUCAAGUUAUCAAGCCUGACCGGUGUCAUCACUGCUCUGCAUGUGACAUGUGUGUACUAAAGAUGGACCACCAUUGUCCCUGGGUCAACAACUGUGUGGGGUUCUCCAACUACAAGUUUUUUAUCCUCUUCCUGGCCUACUCGCUGGUGUACUGUUUGUUUAUUGCAGCCACGGUGCUACAAUAUUUCAUCAAGUUCUGGACGCUUUGCCGGAGGAAAUCAGCAGAGAACUGCCCAAAGAAUGAGCUGCCGGACACUCACGCCAAAUUCCAUGUUUUGUUUCUUUUUUUUGUGGCGGCCAUGUUUUGCAUCAGUAUUCUGUCCCUCUUCAGCUACCACCUGUGGCUUGUUGGGAAGAACAGGUCCACUAUAGAGGCAUUCAGAGCACCAGUCUUUAGGACAGGCUCUGAUAAAAACGGCUUCUCUCUGGGUUUCCGGAAGAAUAUCUCUCAGGUUUUUGGAGACCAGAAGAAAUACUGGCUGCUGCCCAUCUUCACCAGCCAGGGAGACGGGCUGACCUUCCCAACACGCCUGGUCUGUGCAGAUGCAGAGCAGGCCACAGUGUCCCAGCACACAGAGCCCAGUAAAAGUGCUGCCGCCAUGAGCCCGCUCAGUGAGUCCCAAAAUCGCCUCCUGAGCAAUGAACAGCAUGCCAACAACAUCGAAGACCAUUUAGCUAAUAACACCCUCAAAUCAGCUGAAAGUGAAACCAUCACAGUCUCCAUGGAGAGUGAGUCCUAACCAGGAGGAACUCGUCAGUCGAUGCCUUAAGCAACGCAUUGGUUCAGUCUGUCACCAUGGUAACAGUGUCUCAGUGGAACCCCCACCCCAUCCAACCUGUUCAGAGAAACAACUGAAGUGCAUUCAUUUUACCCAUCGACCCUGUAAUGAAAUCCAGGCCUUGGCACUUAUUGCAUGCAGUGUCACAAGAAAAUCUCAUAGAAUAUGUGACACAAGCUUGUUCCCUCUCACACCGGCCCACACACACGCUAACUGUCACACAUUAAGCUUCCUUGUGUUGUUUAGUUUUCUUUUUCUCACAGCUGGAGCCUUUAUUGGAGAUGAGAAUAUUCACUUUAUUGUGCCAAAAGUCAUUUUAUUGGUACAAAGCUGCAGUGAAGAGCUGGGGACAAGCUGGAACAGUGUGGCUGCUUUGAACAUUCCUCUUAUGUGGUUUUAAAAAGGCAGUACAUCACAUGAAAAUGGAUCCAUUUACCAAUGUGUCCGUUUUGUCUUUUUAUUUUUUUCUUUUAUAGCUGGAGCGUGUCUAUGGUUUGCAGCUUUGAGAUGGAUGUUUACCCACCUAACAUGAACUCUAUUACAGGGGACCCUGUUGCAUGUUUCAGUGGACUGAAGUAGUUCACAACAGGGAAGACUGUAGCCAGAGUUUGGAUGGUAUUUUUGAUAACAGAGCACAAGUUGGCGCAUUUGCACUUUGUAGAUUAUCCGUGUCCAUCAAACAGCAUGUGGCUUUUUUAAAAUCAUAUCCAAAAAGCAUCCGUCAUUUAACAAAUGUUGGAUGAUGAUGUGAUUUAUAGUGUAUUGUGCGUCUGUGUGUAACAGUUGAAGUGGCAGUUCGUUCUUUAAAUAACUAAUGAACUAAAAGAAUCAGCUUCAUGUCUUUGUUUUCAACUUGUGUUAUAAUAUGCUGCUUAUGUAUGGACAGUUUCAAAACACUGCAAAGUGCAGUGUCCUCCAGUUCUAUUUUGGAGUCAGUUGAUUAUGUUAAAUGACGAUUAGUGAUUCUUAGCCCACAGUGUCUAUAACCUGUUUUCUCUACAACUCAGUGCUUCAGCCUUUACUAAAAGACCAACAUUCUUUGUCAAAUAAGGGCUGACCGGUCAGGAGCUCUGACCUGUGAACCUGAAGUGUUUACAACAUCCUAGCUUUAUCUCAGCCUCACUGGCCAAUGUCAUCAUAACCAAAUUCUGUUUACCAGUGGUGUGGUGUGAUAUUUUAUUCAAGGUUUAUCUGGCUGUGUAGUGAGUCGUCAUGUUGCUGCAAUACUUGCGCUGGUCAGCAGGUGGCAGCAAGGCUUCUGUUAUCUGCCCUCAUUCAUAUGAAGACUUUUCUGUACUUUGUGAAACAUCUGGCUCAGGGCUUAAUUCACUUUCAGUCUAAUUUACAGGUGCAGCUUUCUUCAGAAUAAAAUAUUUUCAUAGUAUGUGAAGGAUGCAAAUUAGCUUAAAGCUCAAAUGGUGCAUCAUGGUGGCAUGUUUGAACCAUACACUGUCCCUUUUAAAUAAAUGAAGUAAUUAUAUAUUGUUUUCAAGUAGUAAUAAUUCCGAUUUAAUUUGAAAAGAAAGUGAAUUGAACCCAACUGAUCUACAGUCAAAGAAACGUGUUGGCAGCAUCUGCUCGCCUUAUCUGUUCUGUAUGUACUUUGGCUUGUGUAGAAUGUAACAGUCUUGUGUCAUUGCUGAACAGCUGGGAUGUGACUAAGAUCUGUAACCUGAAAAGGGAGAAUUCUUAUUGUACGAGAGAAAUAAUUAGACUGCAUUACCUGUGCAUAUUGCAAUAUGAGUAUCUGGUAAACAAUGGACUAUUCUGUCUGGACAACCAAAUAGCAAUUUUUAGGAAAGAGCUACUCUGAUGAUGAUUACAUUUUUGUCAUGUAUAUGCAACUUUCCAAUUCACAUUGGAAGAGAAACGGUCAAUUCCUGAUGCCUGUCAUUGCUCUUGUCUAGCUGAUUAUAUCCGUAACUGUUGCUGGACAAGCCUACUGCUCAUUUCACCAGAUUAAAGUUUACUGCACUUUCUAUUAUGUACAGAGAGUUAGUGGUGGUGCGUUUGUUGGUUAUCUGCACCACAGUUGUGUUGAAUGUACCACAGAUGUGACAAUGAGAGUGUUUGACAGAAUGAAGGAGCAUUAAGAACAGCCUGUUCUUUGGCCUUUGUUUACAUUGUAUCCUUCCAAUCAUGUUUGAACCCAAGUGUAUUUAUACUUGCUAUUUGCAAACAGAUGAUUGGAGGAUAUGUGUUACUGUAUGACUUAUGCUUAGUAUCAGGUGGCUAAGUAUCAGAAUCACUGUGGUCUGAUGUAAUUACUGUCAGAGAUCACGAUCUAAGCCAAGGUUUCCUUAUGAUCAUGUACUCAUCUUUUGUAAGCCUCAAGCUUAAACAUCCUUUUAAAGAAAAAGAUUUUUUUUUAAAUAAUUCUUUCAUCUGUAAUGAACCUGGUUUGUUUCAGUCAUGGCCACUGAUUCUGAACACAUUGGACCGGUCAUCUUGUUGUUUGAAGAGUCGCCUAUAUUCUCUCUGGGCUGUUUGGCCUUGAGACUAAAGUGUGCGUGUGUAUUUUGUAAUGCUUAAUCGAGUGGUUUUUUUUGUAGUGGUGUUCUCUAGGAAAAAAAUGUUUCUGUGCAGCCAUGAGAUUUUUACAUAUCUGUGCGUAUACUUUAUUGUCUGAUUAAUGCUCAAAGGCAUGGCGCCUAACUUUUGAAAAAUGUUUUAUGACAACUGGUAUUAUGGUAUUAAAACAGACAUUGAGGAUUUCAAAUAAACUAGGUGCAUCAUGUUUUAAAUUAGCUUUACUCUGGUCUGUCUCUUUAUAAAUGAAGCCAUACAAA